CAACAACAACUCAUCACGAGAUGCCUGCGGGACUCGGCAAGACAACGGAGAAGCGCUUCGACCCACACGACCACCUUGUGCGGCAGGGGUGGAAGGGCAAGGGAACUGCUCUGAAGCAUGGGCACGCGACACGCCCCCUGCCCGUUGUGCAGAAGAAGACGAUGAGCGGUAUCGGCAAGGAUCGCGACGAGGCGAUUCCAUUCUGGGACCACAUCUUUGCUUCCACAGCCGCCUCUCUUGCCUCUGCGGCAACAUCAGGCGCGUCCACGCCCACAACACCCGAGCCCCCAAAACCAGUACUCAGCAUUGCGGCACGGAGCAGCCGCGAGAUCGCCAGGCGCAAGCUGUACUCGGGCUUCUUCCGGAGCACGACAGCCAGCAAAGAGCACACGCCCCAAGCGACAGACGAUGACAGCGGGAGCUCGGGCGAGGAGUCGAGCGGGCAUGCGGUGGAGACUGUCGUCGACGGCAACGUAUCUACCCCAGCACAGAUCGAUGCGGAGAGCUCGAGCAAGGCCGCGCGGAGGGCUGAGAAAGCCGCGCGCAAGGCUGAGAAGGAGGCGAGAAAGGCGGACAAGAAGCGGCAGAAGGAGACACGCUCCAAGCCCGAGUCUGAGACGUCCACGGAGGCAGCGGCCGCUGAGGAAAGCAAGGAGGAGCGGAGAGCGCGCCGGGAUGCGCGCCGCCUCGAACGAGCGGCCAAGCUCGCGGCGCGAGAGGCCCAGGACGCAGAGCGGGGGGAUAAGGAGGCUCGGCGGGCGGCGCGAGAGGCUAAGCGGCGAGAGAAGGAGGCGCGGAAGGCGCGGAAAGCCGCGCUCAAGGCUAAGGCGUAGGGCGCAAAGUGGCGCGAGGAGCGCCAAUGUGUAUUCCGUUGGGGAGCCGCACCUCGACUUGUGAGCUGUGAGCUGCCGAUGCCGUUGAAGAGCGAGAGAUACCCUGCAUCAUGUAUACCAUACAAUGGA